AUGUUCAAAUGGCACGGCAAUGCGGCAUUUGGUCGCGCCCGGCCUGCGGCUUACGAUCUUGCGAGGGUUGCAGAUGGGAUUGCCGAGUCUUUGAGGCAGUUUUCCAUCUCUGCUUCUCGAUAUGCUGAGGAAGAUGGCAAUGCAGAUGCCCUUAGGGUCAAUCGCUCUUCCAGAUCUGCAGAUGCUUCACGGGAAUUGUCCUCGCUGCCUCUUACACCGUCGCGCGGUAUCGAUGCCCGCUCUCUAGCUGCCCCAGCACCGUUUCGCCGGGUUGACGACGGGAACGCUCCGCUGAGGGGGAGGCCUGCUGGUUUUGUCUCCCGGCCCCGAGGAGACUUUCGUGGUGGAGGCAUGAGGGGCGGUGCCAGGGGAGGUGCUAGGGGAGGCAUGAGAGGACGUGGAGGAGCACGAGGGGGGGCACAAGCGCGAGGACAAGGAAAUCGGGGAAGAGGAAAGGGGCCAAAGAGAGAAAAGGCAAACAGGCCUAAAGAGGAUGAUGAUAGGGCGCCUGUGCCGUACACGGCGGAGGAAAUCGAGUACAUCGACAACAGCAAAGGAGGCUUCCAGAAACCGUACCAGCCCGUCACGAGUGCGCAGGAUCUGGCGCGCUGGGGACCGCCUGUUAUUUCGAGCCCGAGGGGUGUGGUGGAAAUGCUCAGGUGGAAGAUGGCUGCUGCGACUGAUAACCAAAAUCCGGAGUAUAAGACGGGAGCGCUGCAUCACCUGAGGACUAUGAAGGGGGUGGGAACGAUCUUUGAGAGUGCUGAAGAGAGGGCAAAGGCGAAGAAAGCUUUGGGAAAGUUGGAGUCGCUUUCGAAGCAGGAUCAGGAGGCUAUGAUGAAGCAGUGGGCUGGGGGACAAUAUGUUGCGCCUAAGCCUGUUCAGGAGCCUGGAGAUGUGCUGGCACUGGUGGCGACGUAUACAAGACGGAACGAGACAUAUCUGCCAGAAGACGCGCGGAAAUUUGAGCAGAAGCUGAGGUCACUUCUGCCAGCUACGGUCCCCAAGCCCCCACCGCCAUCUAUAGAGCGGCCACUUUAG